ACUUGAGAUCCUUGCAUGAAAGACUGUGUACUGUAUUAUAUGAUUCAGAAACUCUGUGAUCGUGUAGCUUCAUCUACUUUAUUGGAUGAUCGAAGGGAUGCUGUACGUGCUCUCAAGUCAUUAUCAAAGAAAUAUCGCUUGGAGGUGGGGUUCCAGGCUAUGGAACAUCUUAUCAAUGUUCUCCAGACAGACCGUUCAGAUUCUGAAAUAAUUGGCUAUGCUUUGGACACUCUCUUCAAUGUAGUAUCGAAUGAUCUAGAAGAGGAAGAACAAGACGAUUUGGAAGAAGAAAAUUCACAAAAACAGGUUGAUGAUCUGGGAAGGCAGUUUACAGAAAUGUUCAUUAAACAGCAAGAAAAUGUCACUCUCCUGUUGACCUUUCUAGAGGAAUUUGACUUCCAGGUUCGCUGGCCUGGAGUGAAACUUCUUACGUCAUUGUUAAAGCAGCAAGGACCCCAGGUGCAGCAGAUAAUUCUUGUCAGUCCCAUGGGUGUCUCGAGGCUCAUGGAUUUACUCGCAGAUUCUAGGGAGGUGAUACGGAAUGACGGAGUCUUGUUACUGCAGCAGCUGACAAAAAGCAACGCUGCCAUUCAGAAAAUAGUUGCCUUUGAAAAUGCCUUUGAGAGACUGCUGGAUAUUGUAACAGAUGAAGGGAACAGCGAUGGAGGAAUUGUAGUGGAAGACUGUCUUCUCCUGUUACAAAAUUUGUUAAAGAACAAUAAUUCCAAUCAGAAUUUCUUUAAAGAAGGUUCAUACAUUCAGCGUAUGAAACCUUGGUUUGAAGUUGGAGAUGACAACUCUGGUUGGUCGGCACAGAAAGUUACUAAUCUUCAUCUAAUGUUGCAGCUUGUGCGGGUGUUGGUGUCCCCCACAAACCCACCUGGUGCCACCAGCAGUUGUCAAAAAACUAUGUUUCAUUGUGGGUUAUUACAGCAGCUCUGCACGAUCCUGAUGGCAACGGGUGUUCCUGCCGACAUUCUGACUGAGACCAUCAACACUGUGUCAGAAGUCAUUCGAGGAUGCCAGAUAAACCAAGACUACUUUGCUUCUGUAAAUGCACCUUCAAAUCCACCGAGGUCUGCAAUCGUAGUACUUCUGAUGUCCAUGGUGAAUGAAAGGCAACCAUUUGUACUGCGCUGUGCUGUCCUUUACUGUUUCCAGUGUUUCUUAUACAAAAACCAAAAAGGACAAGGGGAAAUCGUUUCAACACUUCUACCGUCAACCAUAGACGCUACAGGUAAUUCUGUGUCGGCUGGCCAACUGCUCUGUGGCGGACUCUUUUCCACGGACUCUCUCUCAAACUGGUGCGCUGUGGCCCUGGCCCAUGCUUUACAAGAUUAACGCACUCUGAAAGAGCAACUGCUAAGAGUUCAGCUUGCAACAAGUAUUUGGUAACCCCAGGUGUCUUUGCUGCAACAGUGCACCACAUUCUUCACAUGGUACUGUAUCAUUGCCACGGGUGAUAAGAUCGACAGACGGGGCAGCAAAGUGCAGACAAGAGUUGGAUUAUUAAUGCUGCUUUGUACCUGGUUAAGCGAUUGUCCAAUUGCUGUCACACACUUUCUCCACAACUCUGCCAAUAUUCCAUUUCUCACUGGGCAGAUAGCCGAAAACCUUGGAGAAGAGGAGCAGUUAGUUCAAGGCCUGUGCGCGCUUUUGCUGGGAAUUUGCAUUUAUUACAAUGACAAUUCCCUCGAAAAUUGUAGGAAAGAGAAACUAAAACAGUUGAUAGAGAAGAGGAUUGGCAAGGAGAACUUCAUCGAGAAACUAGGUUUCAUUAGCAAACAUGAACUGUAUUCCAGAGCUGCUCAGAAACCUCAGCCUAGUUUUUCUAGCCCAGACCACAUGAUGUUUGAUCACGAAUUUACUAAACUGGUAAAGGAAUUGGAGGGUAUCAUAACUAAAGCUAUUUACAAGUCUAGUGAAGAAGACAAACAGGAAGAGGAGGUGAAGAAGACUUUGGAACAGCAUGACAACAUUGUGACUCAUUAUAAAAAAGUCAUUAGGGAGCAGGAUCAGCAGCUUGAAGAGUUAAAGCAGAAAGUUAAUACUUUAAAAUCCCAGAACGAACAGCUUCAGACAGCAGUUACGCAGCAAAUGUCUCAAAUCCAGCAGCACAAGGACCAGUAUAAUCUCCUUAAAGUGCAGCUAGGAAAGGACAAUCAGCAUCACACUUCCCACAGCGAUAUGCUUCAGAUGAAUGGCAUUCAGCCAGAAGAAAUCAGCAAAUUGCAACAGGAGAUAGAAGAACUGAAAAAUAAGCAUGAAAUACUACAGGGACAGCUGAGAGAGAAGGAUUCUGUGAUUGAAAACAUGGUAAGAAGUGACUGCUUCAGAAGGGCUUUCAGUUCACAGUUGCAGAGCUACUUAAAAAUAUUACCUUCAUGAGGCUAGAAAUUCUUC